AUGCCGCGUGCUGGACACCGCCUUCGGCGUCUGCUCUCCUUCGAUGAAGUCGAAGGAGGAGGAGCUAGCUCCUUGCGCAGCACGACAACUCGACAGCUGCUCGUCGGCAUGGGAAUGAUCUUCAAUCAGGACCUUCAUACGUUGCUCAGGGUCGGCGGAUACGGCGGCAUCCGGUUUCCGACGAGGGAGCAGAUGCAGAAAGCCGGUGAUAAUCUGUUUGAUUCAUCCGUGGAGACAGUGAGCGUGGACGUGUUCAUUAGUCAUUCUUGGAGUGCAGGUCGCUGGGAGAAGUUUCUGGCUCUCUGCUUGUAUCUGAAUCUACAGAUGGCCGUCGCAUGUUGCAUGAUGACUUGGAUCUUCUUCAUGGUGCUGAUGAUCUGCUGGCAUGGUGUGUCGGGUCUUGGGGGAAGUCACCUUCUGCUUCCCUGCUUUGUGUAUCUGCCGAUGACCACAUUUUUCACAGUCUUCUUCUUUGGCCAACAGCUUUCUUGCGGCCUCUGGUCUCCAACUGUUUGGAUAGACAGGCUGUGCAUCCAUCAGACGAAUCUGGAGCUAAAAGCUGAGCAAAUCAAGUCCGUGCCCACCUUCGUUGCGCGUGCUUCCCGCAUGCUCAUCCUUUGCGAUGGAUCUUACUUUGAGAGAUUGUGGUGCAAUCUCGAGCUGGCUACUUUUGCUCGGCACGGAGGUGUGGAGAAGGUUGAUGUGUUGCCUCUGUGGCUUGCUCCCUGGCUGCUUUGCAGCAUCUUCCUGGAACUCCUCUGCGCCAGUCUGAUGGAUGUUUCGCAGCUUCUGUUCCCCAACUGGAUGCUUGCUUGGGACAAGCAUGUCAUGGGGCUGGCUGCGACACUUGUGGGAGACCACCCAAUCAUUCUGAGGUUUGUUGGUUGGCUUGUCAUCUGGAUGAUCUCCUCCAUCGCCACGCUCCCGGCCACUAUACCCAGCUUCUUCUCUUUCCGCAUGAAGAUUCGACAUCACGAGCUUAUCCUGGAUCAAAUGGCAGACUUCGACGUACGGGCGGCAAAUUGCUCUGAGCCCUCGGACCGGCACGCCAUCGAGAAGCAACUGCAGGAGAUUUUCGGCGAUCAGGACUUGCCCACUCCCGGCUCUGAUGCCGUGGAUGAGGGCGAGGUGAAGGUUCAGAGGUUCGUGAACUACCAAGCCGCCGGUGAGCCGCUGGACCGCUUCAAUGCCCACGUUCGAGGUGUCCUUCGUGAUUUUGUCAUGACGCAGAUCGGCGAUGAAAUCUACGUGCCAUGGCCGUUGUGUCUGACAGCUUGCCUACCUAUGAUCUUGUAUUCCUCUGUGAAUGUGUUGGGCUGUGAUAGCGACUCUUGUGAUGAAUCUGCACGGAGAGCAGGCGUUUCCUCGAUGCCCGUGUACUUCGUCAGCAACAUAUUGGGCUGGGUACUCAUCAUCCUGUUGACGUUCCCACUUACCUACCCAGUUAUGCUGCGAAUGCUGAAGUGUGUUCUGUCCUUCGGUGACGGUCUAGCGCAGCGUUCUGCAGCUUUCUCGUGCUGCUUUCUGGCAUAUGAAUACACCUAUAUGUGUGGUGGCUUGAUCUGGGGCUCGUGGAUUCCUGCUGUUCAGGACCCCUCCCCAACUCAGCUCACCAUUUUCCUGUUGGUGAUGACUUUUUUGGUCACCCAGUGCAUCUGCUUGUUUUACAGAUGGGAGAAGCAAGGCCAGCAAGCCCUGUCAUCAUGUCGCUGUGUCAAACGACAGGUCGCGACUUAUCAGCCAAUCGACGCCUUAAGUGACCAGCCUUCGGCCUCCUUCAAGGAAUCCCUUCAAGGAGCUUGA